AUGGAUAGGAAAGUGGUCGAGAUUGUGAAGUUUUUACUAGAGUUCACCCCUUUACUAACCUCCCCACCGGUCGAUGGUAGUAUACCAGAGAUAUAUUUUAUCUUUGUAUCGUCCUCGUAUUCAAAAGGUAAGGAUAAAGUGUCCUGGUUGCAGUUCACCAGGUACUUGAAAAUUAUAGAUGAGUUAGGUAAUGGGGUGAUUGAAUGUGUACCUAGAAAUUCAUUAGGGAAAGUAUAUGAUGAUCCAUUUCGAUGCUUUGAUCGAAUUGCGUGGAUCAACCAGCUAGCAUUGGCACUAUUAUUGAGAACAUCACAGAGGAUGAAUGACGCCAAUCGCCCCAAAGAGGAGGAGAGGGUGAAUAAUGGGAAUGAGAUUGAGGUUGAGAUACCAACUAGCAAGGAGGAGAAACUAAAAUACGUGUUGGAGUUAAUUGAUGGCGAGCCACCAGUUAAAUCGGAGAAUGAUAUCUAUCCAGUUAAAAUCAUAACCAACAAGAAACUGAUCCCAAGGGAUAUCAAUGACACGUACUCGUUAACAACACGUGGCUCUAGGCUAGAGCAGCUGGAGUAUCUCUUGAACACUCCCUGUGCCUCACAUGAGCUUCAAAGAGAAAGGUGUAGGUUAAGGACAACCAAGAAACCAUUCUAUGAAUGCUGUGAAGAUGUUGAGCAUGCCCAAAUACUAAGUGGUUUGACUACAUUUGAUAAGAAUACGAGUUACUGUAGGUUGCACCAAGAGAAGGCGAAAAAGUUAAGAAAUGAUGUGGUCAAAUGUCAUGAGAGGAAAAUGCAUUUUAUACCUAUAAUACAGAGUCAAACCGACGUCAAACUAGGUGAUUGUUCAUAUUUGGAUACUUGUCAUAAAAUGGCAUCAUGUCGGUAUGUCCAUUAUGGGCAACUAAUGCCUCGUAGUUUCCAAAUGACCAAUGAGAGUGACUUAGAUGGAAUCACGUUGAAGGAGACCCCAAAAGUAGAAGCCACAAAUACCAAAUGCGAUUGUGAUUAUUCUGAUGAAGAUAAUAUCGAUGUUAAUGUUGAUGAUAUUAAUCAUUAUAAUUGUUAUAAUAGUAAUAACAAUGGAGUCAACAACUAUGUCGGUGUGAAUUUCAAAGUUAAUGUUGAUGACAAUGAAGUUAAUGACCAGCAAGAGAUUGAAAUUAACGAGAAUAUACGUGUAUGGGACUAUACUAGGGGUGAACCAACAUGUACAUUUCUCAAGCCUGAACUUCCAGCACAAUGGAUCAAUGUGGAUCUUACCAAGAUCGACCUAUCCAUCUUAGGGACUGACUACGGAAUAGUUAUAGCUGAUCCCAGCUGGACAAUACACAUGAACCUCAACUACUCCUCUAUGCGAGAUGAGGAACUAGCCCGACUACGUAUUGACAAGCUCCAACGGGAAGGACUUUUAUUACUCUGGGUUACUGGAAGGACCCUUGAAACGGGCAAGCGAUAUUUGGAGAAAUGGGGGUAUACACUAUGCAACGAGAUAACAUGGAUUAAGACGUCACAGUUGGUGAGGACCAUCUCAACGGGGAGGACUGGCCACUGGCUCAACCACAGUAAGGAGCAUCUUCUUGUUGGUAAUAAAGGCUCAAUUGUUGCCAAAUGGCUCAGCACAGGAGGAGAUCCACAAAUACUUGUUGCCUCAACUAGGGAAACGAGCCGCAAACCUGAUGAAGUUUAUGGACUCUGUGAGAGGCUUGCUGGUUCGAACGGUGUUCGGAAACUCGAGCUCUUUGGACGUUCACACAAUAUUAGGAAAGGAUGGAUAACUGUAGGGAACCAGGUGGACGGUGCACGGGUGCUGAGUGCUGAAUUACGUAAACAAUUAAAUGGUGGAAUUAGUUGCAUUGCUAGUACUAAUGAGGUGUAA